UGCAUGCCGUCUCUGCCUUGCUGAACAACAACAUCACAUCAGUCUAUCGAGACAACGAGACACGGGAAACCAAAAGUGAAAGACGGUGAUGUUUUAUUUCAUGGCUUCUGAUAAAUAGCUUCCAGAGCAGAAUUGAGCCCAGUCACGUCCACUGUUUUUGGUUCUGACCAAGUGUGUAUUUCUCUACAAAUGGAUAAUGGAGACUGGGGCCAUAGGAUGACCACUCCUGUUACCUUAAACGUGGGAGGUCACCUGUACACGACCAGCUUGUCUACACUGCAGCGUUAUCCAGACUCCAUGCUGGGUGCCAUGUUCCGGGGAGACUUCCCGACAACCCGCGAUUCCAAAGGAAAUUACUUCAUCGAUCGCGACGGGACACUUUUCAGAUACAUCCUAAACUUCCUGCGUACGUCGGAGCUGACCCUCCUUGACUUCACAGAGACAGACCUUCUGAGGAAAGAGGCUGACUUCUACCAGAUCGAACCUUUGAUCCAUUGCCUCAGUGAUCCUAAGCCGCUGUACCCUCCAGACAUCUUCGAGCAGGUCGUGGAGCUUUCAAGCACCCGCAAACUGUCCAAAUAUUCCAACCCAGUAGCUGUCAUCAUCACACAGCUAACAAUAACCACAAAGGUCCAUGCCCUGUUGGAAGGAAUUUCCAAAAACUUCACCAAAUGGGACAAACACAUGAUGGACACCAGAGACUGCCAGGUGUCCUUCACCUUCGGACCGUGUGACUAUCAUCAGGAGGUGUCCCUGCGUGUUCACCUUAUGGACUACAUCAUGAAACAAGGCUUCACCAUCCGUAACACUCGAGUGCACCACAUGAGCGAGCGAGCAAAUGAGAACACGGUAGAACAUCACUGGACUUUCUGUAGACCGGCUCACAUAGUUGCAGACUGACUUAUUGUGAAGGACAUUUGUUCUCAUCUGAUAUUCAAUGAUGUUACAUGUAUUGUGAUUUAAAGACCAAAUAUAAAUGCAUUAUGUUAAAACAAAACAUUUCCAAACAUUUUAAAAUGUUAAACCUUAAGAAGCACAGCUUAAAAAAUAAUGUGCCAUUUUAAAGUAUUUAGUAGCAAUAAUGUAUAUGCUCCUAAGGAAAUUAGCAAUAUGUGCUGCAACUGUUACUCUGCAAUAAAGUAAUUGUGAAUUGAAGACAUUAAUUGGAGGCUGCUGCCUAUGUAUGGUAGCCUGUUAUACAUUUAUUUGUUUUAUGCAAGGUCGUGUAUUAUAGUUAACUGAAAAAAAAAUGCUGCACACAAAAUAUGUUUGCCUCUGGCCCCAUCAACCUUUAUGGACUUGACAGCUCUUGUGGCACUUUCUUGAAGAAUGACAUUUGCAUUAACAGUUGUCCACCUUUGAUCUGUAAUCCAUUACUGGACUCCAUGACACAGUUAUAAAAUAAUCCUCAUAGUCUUCAUGGUACUGUUUCUAACCUGUGUAGUUGUUGCAUGUGUUUAAUGUAUGUGUAGUGUUGGUAGUUGUGUGGCAAUAAAUUCUUAAUCUCAAUGGGAUUUUCGUACUUUAAAUAGUUCCAGAUUCUAGCUGUAUGUCAUACUGUUACACUUUGGUGAUCAAUAAUCCCAUGUUUCCAUUCGUCAAGUGUUUGACUUGGUAUCCUGAUGUUUACAUUUUCGCUUCAUUCUUAUCAGUCAAAUCUAACCUGCUCAGUGGCUUUGUGGUUAGAGUGUCCGCCCUGAGAUCGGUAGGUCGUGAGUUCGAAGUCAUACUUAAGACUAUAAAAAUGGGACACAUUACCUCCCUGAUUGGCACUCAGCAUCAAGGGUUGGAAUUGGGAGUUAAAUCACCAAAAUGAUUCCUGAGCAUGGCCACCGCUGCUGCUCACUGCUCCCCUCACCUCCCAGGGGGUGAACAUGGGGAUGGGUCAAAUGCAGAGAGUAAUUUCACCACACCAAGUGUGUGUGUGACAAUCAUUGGUGCUUUAACUUUAACUUUUUUUAUUACUGUCAUCAAAUUCCAUCAUGACUUUAAAAUGUAUAGAGCCAGUUUAAGGCAAGGUGACAGUGUUGUCAAAUGUAUCCAGGGCAAAUAUCGAACAUAUACACGUCUAAUAACAAAGGAAGUGCUACUAUUUUGUCACAAAAUGAUUUGGCUACUCUUAACAGUAUGAACUAUUGCAAAUAUAAAUGUUCCCUAGAAAUGAUUGUUUAUGUAGCUGCAGAGCUGCUAAAAUAAAUUGAUUAACCUGUCAAGCCAGAUAGCUGAACUUGUAUUUUAUUUUACAUUUCAAUCGUAUUUUUGAGCGUUUAUCCAUCCAUAGACUAAAAAACUCCUUUGCCCCACACGCCAUCAGACAGUACAACUCCUCUCUGGGGGGCAGGAAGGCGGUGUGGGGGUACUAUGAUGACAGGGGACACAAAGCAAUAACAAUACUAAAAAAAUAAACUGCAACAAAAAACAGUGCAAUAAAUCUUAAAGGUGCAAUAUACACAUCACAUCUUUCAUAUAAUCGACAGUAUUACCAUUUUUCACAUUUUUAAAAAUGUUCAUAACAUGGUCACUACUGCCUAGUUUCUCUUGUUAUAUUCUUAUUUUGACUGUUAUAUUUCAAUUCUUAUUGUUACUUUUUAUUUCCAUUCCUAUUGUUAUAUUUUCUAUUUCAUUUCCAUAUAUACCUCCAUUAUUUACUUUUCAAAUUAUAUUUCAAUUCUGUACAC